CAACAACCAUAUGGACUCCUGAAAAAAGAUUAAAAUCGUCCAACUGUGGAAAACUUAAUCGUUCGAAGAACCUUGUGGACACAUCUGAUAUUCACAGGCAUGGAGAGAGCAAAAGCAGUUGAGGAAUCUUUCCUGACAUCAUCAAACAUACAAGAAAAUAGAAGUGGGAGUACUGAUGAUCAUCCAUGUAUGUCAUCCUCCAGUGCCUCACUGACUGAGGAGCUUCAGUGCUCUAUAUGUCUGGACGUGUUCACUGAUCCAGUCAGCACUCCAUGUGGACACAACUUCUGCAAGACCUGUCUGAAUGAACACUGGGACCACAGCCAGACCUGCAGCUGUCCAUACUGUAAAGAAACAUUCAAGCAAAGACCUGAUCUCAAGAUUAAUACCACACUCCGAGAGAUUGUAGGGCACUAUAAACCGAAAAGUCCUGAGAAAAAUCCUGAAGUUCUGUGUGACAUCUGUGAGGAAAGAAAGCUGAAAGCCCUGAAGUUGUGUCUGGUGUGUCAGAGCUCUUACUGUGAAACUCACCUGGAGCCUCAUUUGAGAGUGACAGGUUUGAAGAAACACAAACUGAUGGAUCCUGUGAGUAAUCUGGAGGACUAUAUAUGUCAGAAACAUGAGAAACCUCUGGAGCUGUUCUGUAGAGAUGAUCAGACAUCUGUGUGUUUGAUCUGCACUGUGAAAGACCACGAGAACCACAACACUGUUCCUAUAGAAGAGGAGAGUGAAGAGAAGAAGACUGAGCUGAUGAAGACACAUGAAGACAUGCAGCAGAUGAUCCAGGACAGAAUCAAGAAGAUUCAAGACUUCAAACACUCAGCAGAAGUCAGAAAAAGAAACACAGAGAAGGAGAAAGCAGCUCAUGUCGAGCUCUUCACUGGUCUCAUCCGCUCCAUUGAGAGACAUCAGACUGAACUGCUGGAGAUGAUGGAGGAACAGCAGAAAGCAGCAGAGAAACAGGAGCAAGAGCUGAUUGAAGAGCUGGAGCAGGAGAUCACUGAGCUAAAGAUGAGAAACACUGAGCUGGAGCAGCUCUCACACACUGAAGAUCACCUCCACUUCCUACAGGUUUACUCAUCCCUGUGCAGCCCUAGAAACACCAGGAACUGGUCUGAGAUCAGUAUGAAGACUCAUGACAGUCUGGAGACUCUGAGGAGAGCUCUGACUCAACUGAAGGACACAAUAGAUGAGAAACUAACACAAACUGUCUCUACAGAGCUGAAGUGGAUGCAGCAGUAUGCAGUGGAUGUGAAUCUGGAUCCUGAUACAGCUCAUCAUGAUCUCAUUCUUUCUAAUGAUAGAAAAAAACCGUCCGGUCUGAGCGGCCCUCGUCAUUCUGUUCAAGUUCAGUGCGGGAUGGAGCCACGGAAGAUUUUCACGAGUGUUUCCCUCACUGAAGACGUUGAGCUGAAUAAAUCGAAGAAGGAAUGGAAGACCACUGCAUCAGUGAAGCGCAGCAGCUGCGCCGAUGAGGGCAAAUCUGAGUCCUUGAAGACGCAGGAGCUGUUCAACCGUGUGUGGAGUGUGUUGAAUCAGCUGACGCCGCAGAUGUUCCAACCGCUGAUGAAGCAGAUGAAGGAACUGAUCAUCAACACAGAGGAGCGCCUGAAAGGAGUGAUCGACCUCAUCUAUGAGAAGGCCAUCUCUGAGCCCAACUCCUCUGAAGCCUGCGCCAACAUGUGCCGCUGCCUUAUGGGGCUGAAAGUUCCCACCACGGAGAAACCUGGAGUGACGGUGAAUUUCAGGAAGCUGCUGCUGAAUCAUUAUAAGAAAGAGUUUGAGAAGGACAAAGAUGAUGAAACGUUUGAGAAGCAGAAGGAGCUGGAUGCUGCUACAGGGGAAGAGGAGAAACAGAGGUUGAAGGAGGACCUUGAGGAGGCGAAAGAAAAAGCCCACCAACGUUCGCUAGGCAACAUCAAGUUCACUGGCGAGCUGUUCAAGUUGAAGAUGCUGACGGAGCCUAUCAUACACGAUUGCAUCGUCAAACUGCUGAAGAAACGUGAUGAAGAGAGUCUGGAGUGUCUCUGCUGCCUGCUCUCCACCAUCUGGAAUCAUCUGUACUACGAGAAGUCAAAGCCCCGAAUGGAUCAAUAUUUAAACCAGAUGAAGAAAAUGAUUAGGGAUCAUAAAACCUCUUCCAGAAUUCGCUUCAUGCUGCAGGGCAUUGUUGAUUUACAACAGGCAAACCUGAGUGUGUGAUUAUUUACUUCCUUAUUUCUUAUUCCUGCCAUUAUUGUGAAAAGUUCAUAAAUUCACAACUCAACUCAAGCCCACUAAUCAUCAAGUUUAAUUAUAAUAUUCA